CAUAUAUUACUAUCAAUGGACAGAAAUUUAAAUCAUUAAUAGUAUCUAUAUAUAUUAUUUCAAAAUUCUUUUUUUCUUUGUUUAUAAAUAUAAUGAUAAAAUGGCAACGGAGAAGGAUUUAAUUAAUGCAGUCAGAGAAUCACUUAAAGCUGAUGGAGACCUAGGUCGUAUAAAAGCUGAAAUGCGCACAGAAGUUAUAAAAUUAUUAGAUAAUUCAAAUAAAGGAAAUAAAACAAAGCUUCCAAAGCCACCUCUAGAUAUUAUAUUUUUAAAUGAACUUAUCAGAGAAUAUUUAGAUUGGAUGGGAUAUAAGUACAGCUCUACUGUAUUUAUUUCAGAAUGUGACUUAUCAAAGCAACCUCUUGAUAGGUCUUUGCUUUUGCAAAGUUUAGGACUAAAGGAAAGUGAGAAUAGUACAAAAUUACCAUUGCUGUGUAAUAUUGUAGAAACAUUUAAGAAUUUAAAAAGUACAUAAAUAUAUGAAAUUAUAUAUUGGUAUAAUAUGAAUAAAAAUUUAAAACUAAGUACUAAACACACAUAUUGUGAAUAAACAAAAAAAAAUGUUUUUAAAUUCAAAUUUUAUGAUUAAAUUAAAAUUUAGGUGAUUUAUUUGAAUUUUCUUUUUAAAAAUUUUAUAGAAUAUGUAUAGUUUUAUUAUAUGAAAUCAUUUCUAAUAUUUUGUAAAACGAAAACAAGAAUGAAUUAAAAGAAUUUCGUCUUUUUAUUUCAUGACGUCUUUUACAUAUUGACAUUAGAUUAUGAAAGUACAAUAUAAUGCUGAGAUAUUGGAGAUCUUAAAUAUAAUUGCUGUUCUCUAAAAGUAUUGUAUUGGAUUUCCUUAAAGAUAUUAUCUACUGAAUGUUAUAAUGUACAUCAGUUAUUGUAAUGAAUUUACUUACAGCAUUUGAAAGGUGUAAUUAGAAUAUAGACAAUCAUGUAAAGGCCUUAAUAAUUUUCAAAAUUAAAUACAA